ACCUUCGAUCGCGACAUGUGCGGUUUCCAACAGGACAGCAACGACGACAUCGACUGGACCCGACACAUGCGUGCCACACCUAACCGUGUGUACGCCAUACAACACAGCGCACCGGGAGCAAAAACAGGACCGUUCCAUGACCACACUCAGGGCAGAUAUCAUGAUGGGUACUACAUGUACAUCGAGUCCUCCACCCCGGCACAGACAGGUGACGUGGCCAGACUGUUGUCUCUGGAGACGAGCGGACAGUGUCUGGAAUUUUACUUCCACAUGUUCGGGCCACAGAUGGGCACCCUUCAGGUGUACACCAGGGUAUCCGGUAGCACAGACACGCAGCUGCAGUGGGAGCUGAGCGGGGACAGGGGAGACACCUGGCACAGGGCAAUCAUCAACCACAACAUCACAGACAACUAUCAGGUCAUCUUUCAUGGAGAUAUAGGUGGAUUUCUUAGCGACUUCGCCAUUGAUGACGUCAGAACUUGGAAUGAAACGUGCGAAGCAUACGGAGGCUGGGGAGGUUGGGGAAACUGGACCGACUGCACAGCCACCUGCGGCGGAGGGAUACAAAGCAGAACCCGGCACUGCGACAGCCCACCGCCGCCUUACGGCUUCACGUGUGUCGGUGAUGACGAUGGGGACAUGGCGGACACGGAACAACAGGAUUGUAACAAACAACCUUGUCCGGUUGAUGGCGGCUGGGGCCCGUGGCAGGCGGCCGGGGACUGUAGUGUGACAUGUGGCCAGGGUCUUCAGCCUACAGAGAGACACUGUGACAGUCCAGCUCCUCAGCAUGGCGGGAUGCAGUGUAUGGGAUCUAGUUCCUUCAGACAGCCCUGUGAUGAGGGUCCAUGUCCGAUUGACGGUGAAUGGAGCCCCUGGAGUGGGUUCAGCGCGUGUAACGUUACCUGCGGCGGAGGAAUACAGCUGAGAACGAGGCUGUGCGACAACCCCCCUCCCCAACAUGGUGGCGACAACUGUGUAGGCGAUGACGACGGUGACGGUGCAGACACGGACGUUGUGACGUGUAACGCAAAUCCAUGUCCAGUUGAUGGCGGAUGGAGCCAGUGGUUGCCAUGGGAGACAUGUAGUCAGUCCUGUGGCGGAGGGACACAGAAAAGAGUGCGGACGUGCACAGAGCCCGCACCGCAGUACACCGGCAACGGUUGCCAGGGCGACACGGAUGGUGAUGGCACAGAUGAGGAGUUCCAACCGUGUCAGACACAGACAUGUCCUGUUGACGGAGGCUGGGGAGCAUGGACAUCUUACGGCUCCUGCAGUGCCACCUGCGGCCGCGGGGUGGAGACCAGGACCCGGCAGUGUGACAACCCCGCCCCGUCCCACGGAGGGAGGGACUGCCCGGGGGACAUGGACGGGGACGGACAGGAGGAAGACACACGGUCGUGCGAUACAGGGAAUCCAUGUCCGGUGGACGGACAGUGGGGGCCAUGGGAGGAAAUAAGCCCUUGUAACGUCACUUGUGGCGGAGGGAUGCUAGUGAGGGAGAGGGAAUGCGACGCCCCAUCACCCCAAUACGGCGGAAAUCCCUGCGCAGGAGACAAUGAUGGGGAUAAUCUGGAAACCGGAUAUGACGUGUGUAAGACAGGACGAUGCCCAGACUGGGGUCCAUGGGGCUCCUGGUCGGAGUGCACUGCUGCCUGCGGGCCGGGGGACCGGGAGCGGGCCCGGCAGUGUGACACGGCGGGGGCGGAGCCUGGGGCCACCUGUCCCGGGGACGGUAACGGGGUCGGGACGGACACAGAGGAGGAGCCGUGCAACAACGGACCAUGUCCUGAGGGUGAAGAGUGUGGCACAACUGGAUGUCCGCAACCAGGAAUCUCAUCCGGCCAGACCCAAGAAAACGCUGACGAAAAAUCCGACAACACUGCAGUACUUGCUGGAGCCGCAUGUGGUGGUAUUGGCGUGCUUCUGAUCGCCGUCGGACUGGGCUUUCUGAUCUACAAGAAGAAAAGAGAUGAGGCGAAGAUCAGACCAUCUAAUGGCCAUCCUCCAAGAACGGCGUCGAGUGCAUGGUCGAAUGUUGGAUACAGCGGCUGGUAUGUGAUGUCAAACUGUGGAGGCUCAGUGAAACCCGGGGAUAUAGCCACUAUCACUAGUCCUGACAUCAUCGGCCCCUGUACCCUGGAGUUCUGGUACACCAUGUACGGAGUGGACCUGGACAUGUCAGUCUACCUGUUGCAGAAGGGACAGAAGACACAGGUCUGGCACAAGGAGGAUGUGAACGACGAUUUCUGGCAGAGUGCAAAUGUACAGCUGUCUCCACCUGUACAGGAAGCAUAUCAGGUUGUUUUUGAGUCUAUGAGAGGGACCAACUUCCUGUGCAAUGUGGCCUUUGAUGACGCCAAGCUGGCCCCAGCUCCACUGCUGAAGUGUGACUUUGAGUCCACCGGUCCCUGUGCGCUGAGACAAGAUGUCAGCGAUGUGUUUGACUGGAGAUGGCAACAGGGUCUGACAGAGACUCGGGAGGACCUCCUCAACAGGAACUUAACCAUCCUCGCGCCACAUUUGAUCACAGGACCGGAGUACGACGUUACACUCGGACCGGGUGAAAACGGUACGUACAUGUAUGUGGAGUCGUCAUACCAGUCAGCGGGUCACCACGCUCGCCUGUCGUCUACAGAACUCAGCGGGCAGUGUCUGGAGUUCUACUUCCACAUACUGGGAGCGCAUGCUGGUUCAUUGAAGGUUUAUCAGCAGUCUGUUUAUGAGAACGCCACUGCAGAACGGCUGAUAUGGGAGGUGUCCGGUAGUCAUGGCGACGUGUGGCACAGAGCAGCGGUCAACCUCAACAUCACCAACAACUUCUAUCUUAGUUUUGAGGCUGUGGUGGGCGGUUUCUACAGUAACAUCGCCAUCGACGAAGUCAGGACUUUGGCUCAACCUUGCAACUUCUCCGGCGCCUGGGGCGAGUGGGAGGACUGGACGGCCUGUGAUGCGGAGUGUGACGGCGGGACACAGUCCAGGGUGGCGUACUGCGACAAUCCCUAUCCCGCUUUCGGAUACUGGUGUGAGGGGGACGACGAUGGUGACAUGAAGAGGGUGGAAAUCCGGACAUGUAACACACAGCCUUGUCCCAUUGAUGGCGGAUGGAGCCAGUGGUUGCCAUGGGAGACAUGUAGUCAGUCUUGUGGCGGAGGGACACAGAAAAGAGUGCGGACGUGCACGGAGCCCGCGCCGCAGUACAACGACAACGGUUGCCAUGGUGACACGGACGGUGAUGGCACAGAUGAGGAGUUCCAACCGUGUAAGACACAGACAUGCCCUGUUGAUGGAGGCUGGGGAGCCUGGACAUCUUACGGCCCCUGCAGCGCCACCUGCGGCCGCGGGGUGGAGACCAGGACCCGGCAGUGUGACAACCCCGCACCGUCUCACGGAGGGAGGGGCUGCCCGGGGGACAUGGACGGGGAUGGCCUGGAGGAGGACACACGGCCGUGCGACGCUGGGACUCCGUGUCCGGGUAGGUAUAUGCACAUAUAUACAGAUUAA